AUGUUCUCCCGAGCGGCUCUCCGCCUCGCUAAGCCUUCGGCCGUGAGCCGAGGCUUUGUCCAGGCGCGAUUCGUGAGCCAGCUCCCCAUCGACGGCAGCAAGGGUAGAAAGAUGCCUGUCACUCGGUCUCGAGCAACUGCUCCUGUUGCAAACCUCGAUGCCACCUUCACCAUCAAGGAUGGCCCUGUCUUCCAUGGCCGAGCCUUUGGUGCCAACUCCAACAUCUCCGGAGAGGCUGUCUUUACGACCUCGCUGGUCGGUUAUCCCGAGUCCAUGACCGACCCGUCCUAUCGUGGCCAGAUUCUGGUCUUCACCCAGCCUCUCAUCGGCAAUUAUGGAGUUCCCUCCAACGAGCGUGACGAGUACAACCUGCUCAAGUACUUCGAAUCCCCCCAUGUCCAGUGCGCCGGUGUUGUUGUUGCGGAUGUGGCCGAGCGAUACAGCCACUGGACUGCCGUCGAGAGCCUCGGCCAGUGGUGUGCCCGCGAGGGUAUCCCGGCCAUCUCGGGGGUCGAUACGCGGGCGAUCGUUACCUACCUUCGUGAGCAGGGUUCUUCCCUUGCUAGGAUCUCUAUUGGAGAUGAGUACGAUGCCGAUGAAGAUGAGAGCUUCGUCGACCCUGGCCAGAUCAACCUGGUCAAGCAUGUCAGCACCAAGGCCCCCUUCGUUGUCGAGUCCCCCGGUGCCACCUUCCACAUUGCCCUGCUGGACUGCGGUGUCAAGGAGAACAUUCUGCGAAGCCUCGUUAACCGCGGCGCUUCGGUCACUGUCUUCCCAUUCAACUACCCCAUCCACAAGGUUGCCGACAACUUCGAUGGCGUCUUCAUCUCCAACGGUCCUGGUGACCCCACUCACUGCCAGGACACUAUCUACAACCUUCGCCGGUUGAUGGAUGACUCCCCUGUGCCCGUCAUGGGUAUCUGCCUGGGUCACCAGUUGUUGGCUUUGGCAUCCGGUGCUCGUACCAUCAAGCUCAAGUACGGAAACCGGGCGCACAACAUCCCUUCCCUUGACUUGACCACUGGCCAAUGCCACAUCACCAGCCAGAACCACGGCUAUGCUGUUGAUGCUAGCACCCUGCCCAGCGAUUUCAAGGAGUACUUUGUCAACCUGAACGACGGAAGCAACGAGGGCAUGACGCACAAGACUCGCCCCAUCUUCUCGACUCAAUUCCACCCUGAGGCCAAGGGUGGCCCGAUGGACAGCGCUUUCCUGUUCGACAAGUACCUCGCCAAUGUCAAGAUGUACAAGGACACCCAAAAGGUCUACAAGGACAACCGGCCCUCCCAGCUGCUUCUCGACAUUCUCAGCAAGGAGCGUGUUGGUGUCGAGCCGACUCGCCUUGCCUCGGUGGCUUGA